AUGGGCCUGCAAACCACGAGAUCACCAGCGCCUUCUGCCCGUGCAUCGCCGAAGACCACGAAAAGCAGUCCUUCCAGCGACUCCUUUGCAAAGGUAGAGAGCAACUGCAGCUUCGAGUAUGCCCUCUCGGACUCCAGGAAUUGCGGCAUAACUCUGCACUACUUCGCGAGCGGCUUUGUUACCGGGGCUGUAAAUGCUAUCUUCUUCGACGUGCUGGCGGGCUACCUGAAUGUUUCCGCUGCAGUCAUGCAAGGUGGGGUGAACUUAGCCCAGCUGCCGACCGUUUUCUCCAUUGUGCUGGGCAUCCUGAGCGACUCGUGGCCAAUUUGCGGCCUGCGGCGUCGUCCUUACAUGCUUGGAGGUUGGCUCUUGGCUGCUGCUUGCAGUUUCUGCCUGAUGGGCAUGGGCCUCCCAGGCCCCUACUAUUGCUUCAGCUCUGAGGAAGACCGUUACCUUUUCGAGCAAGCCCCUUGCAAUCCCGAUGCGGUCGACUUCUACGUGCCCCUUAUGGUUUGUGUCUGCGGUGCGCAACUGGGCAUCACUGCCGCCGGUUCAGCGGCCAACGGGCUCAUGGUGGAGUAUGCCAAAGCAGAGGCAGAGGAGAAUCGUGGUCGUGCGCAAACUUUGCUUCAAAUGGUGAAUACUGCCGGAUACUUCGUGUCGGUCACAAUAGUAGCCUUCGGCUUCAACGGGCGUAUGUUUACUGGCAGCUUCAAUCAACGGCACCAGCUAAGCUACCAGGAAGCCAUAGGCAUUGUUGCUGUGAUGUGCACAGUAACUGGGGCUCUGUGCGCCGUCAAGGUGCACGAGCGACCCGGGGGGAGCGCGUCACUUCGCGACUACUCUCGAUCGUCAUGGCACUUAUUGGAAAGUAAGGCCUUCUGCGCUGUGGCCCUCUUCUUCUUCGCCAGCUCCAGUAUCUUCAAUAUCAGCACGACUGCGAGAGUGUGGGUGGGGCUAGAAUGGGCAAAGACCGAAAACAUGCAGAGGCAGCUUUGCGGCAUGCUGGGUGCCUGUCUCAGCCUUCUGGGAAGCUGGCUUAUUCAAAAAUGGUUUCUGGGAGCCAGCUGGCGAAAGAUCAUCUUCGUGACUGGGGUCUCAACGACACUUCUCGAUGCCAUUCCUCAGUUCUGCACGAUCUUCGAUGUCAUCCGGAACCAGUACUUCUAUCUUGGUGAGCCAGUCACACAGAAUGUGCCUCAAGCAAUGUCAGCACUCGUCACCACAUUCCUAAUCAAUGAGCUUGCAGACGAUAGUAACUGUGCGCUGGUGGCUGGCCUCAUGGACACCAUUGCAGCAGUGGCACAGCGGCUCUCCGUUGUUCUGUCGAACCAAGUGUUCUCUGUGUUUACCCCAAGUCUUUCUGACAGGAUGAACUACAUUGAGGACACGCAGGACUUUCGCUGGACGGUUGCUUCAUCGUUUCUUCUUUCCUACUUCAUCUACUCCCUCUGCUUCCUCGCGCUGCCCUUGCUGCCAGCACAGAAGGGGGAGGCGCGAGAGCGUAAGCAGACAUGGUGCAAAAGGCCAGUCUUCGCUAUGCUUGCCACGUUCAUACUUGGAGUUACCUUGCUCUACACGCUGAUUGGAGAUUUUUUGGUGCUAGAUCCUUCCUUGACUUGCCUCCACUUCCUUGGUGGACAAGGCUGCUAA